AUGGCCAGCAGCGUCGACCUCUUCAACCAAUACCCGCUCCUUCUGGACCCGACUAGCAAAGCCAUCUCGCUCGACCCCUCGUCCUCCUCGCUAUCCAGCACGCAAACCGCCGCCAUCAGCGCCGAGCUCCAAGAACUGAACCAGCUCCACCGCGCCCUCAUCAGCCUCGACCCCCCCAACAUUCCGCCGCCCCCGCUCCCUAUCAACCCCAAGCGCAGCGCGCAGAUCACCAAGCUGCGCGAGUCCGCAAACACCGCCUUCCGCAAGAACAACUACGCCGAGGCCGUGCGCCUGUACACCUACGCCAUCGACAUGGCCUUCGGCCGCCCCGGCUGGGAGCCCGUCACCCUCACCCGCGACGAGCUGGCCGGCCUGUACUCCAACCGCGCGCAGGCGUACAUGGCCCAGCAGGCCUGGCCGGAGGGUAUGCUGGACGCGAAGUGCGCCGUCGAGAGCAAGCCCCUGGGCAACGUCAAGGCAUGGUGGCGUGCGGGUAAGUGUUUGGCGGAGAUGGGACGCUGGGACGAGGCGCAGAAGUUGCUUGAGAAGGGGCUCGAGGUCGAAGGGAAGGCGAGUGAUGGCGCGAAGGAGCUGACGACGCUUUUGGACGAGGUUCACGAGGGUAUUAAGCGGUCUACGUAG